AUGAUGAUUCAACGUUCUUACUCUGCACGGCAGCGUGGCUGACGACGAAGAGCUUGCGCAGAACCGUCAAGCACCAGUUGCGCUUGCGCCCCCAUAGGACACUCCGAAUCCACAAAAUGACAUCGAAGGAAAAACAGGCUCUGCAGCGGCGCGGCUGAGCGGUCUGGUGCCAGCCACUGGCACUGAGAUGCAGCAGUCUCAAGCCGCCUGCACGGGCGCCAGGGUUGCCGCAGACGCGCAGUCUGCUUCAGCGGAGGCGCGGGGGCGCGACACGGGGCGACCGCCAGCCCCCGACGCAGGCAGCCUGCUGGCGAGGGCACUAGCCCAACUAGCUGCCGAGUCCGCCGCUAGAGCAGCGGCGGAGGUCCGAGCAGAGAGGGCAGAGGCAAGGGCAUCCAGGGCGGAAUCCCGGCUGCGGGAGGUCAUUACAGACACGACGCUGGAGGUGCAACGCCUGGGCCAGCAGCUGCAAGCUGCCUUCGAUAAGAUCGCGGAGCUGCGUGACUUGUUGCCUGACAUGUGCGGGGCUGCCUCUGAAGCGCGAGCUGCGGAUCAGGGCAGCCCGGCACCUGUGGCGACAUUGGGCCAUGCGCCAGCGCGGGCAGAUACACCUGCUGCGCACACACAGCCGCGGCAAGAGCAGGGGGCCGCGGAGCCGCAGUGCUCGCCGCAUCUCAGGCAGCAGCAACAUCGCAUGCAGCAGGGCGGGCCGUCGCAUGCGGCUGCAGCUGGCAUACCCGCAGCAUCGCCGCCAGCAGCUCUGUCACAUGCGCCACCGGCAGCACCCGAGACACCAGCGCUGGCCGCUGCCAGCCCGUGCCCAAAGCCAGAGCCCCAGGAGCACUCGACGGGGCCACAGCACCAGGCAGCAGCCGUGCAACAGCACCAUGUGGCAGCAGCUGAUUUUGGUUCCAAAAGCGGCAGCCAGGCGCCGGUUGCGAGGCUCAGUGCCAAGAUUCUGCCGCCACUGCCCGAAGCCACCGCGGCAAAGGCUGCUCCCGACAGCCCAGGCGCGCAGGCUGGGUUGCAGUACAUCGCCGCCGCAGCAGCUGCCGCCGGACAGGCGGCGGCACCUGCGCCAGCGAGCGCGGGUGGUGCAGGGGGCGUCGCCGGCAGCCGACUGCGUGUGCAACAAGCUCCCUCUGGUGGCUGGCGGCCGGUGACAGGCAUGAUGCUGCACCAGGCGCUUGCCGGCGCCGCUGGUGCCGGUGCGGCGUUGGCGGCGGACGGGCCACACCCGCAACAGCUGGCUGCCGCCAGUGGGCCCGAGGUCACGCCACCUGUGGCAGUGGUGGCUGCGGCUUUGCAAGCCGCGGCCGUGGCACCGGCGGCGCAGGUGGCAGCGGCAGUGGCAGCGCCAGCAGCAGGACCGACCGCUGUGCCGGCGGGGCGCUCGGUGGCGCAGGCAGUAGAGGGCUUGGUGCCGGUACGGCUGGCAUGGAGUGGCGGGCCGCAGCAUGGGCCUCCCGACGGCCCGCCGGGCUCGUUGUGGGAGCUGCAGCAGCGCCUUGCAGCAGUGGCGGCGGGCGGUGGCGGCGGUGCGCUGGAUCUCGACUUUGGAGGUGCGGAGCUGCCGCCAGGGCCGAAGCCGCUGCCGGGUACGGGCGCGUUGCGCAUCGCGUGCGGCGUGCCGGUGACGCUCCGCAAUGCCGUGCUGCCUGCCUGCGUGGUGGUGGAGGGCUGCCCCCGGGCGGCGCUCGUCAACGUGACCUGUCGGCCCGGGCCCGGGCGGCGGCUGCUUACCGGCGGCGGCUCGCAGGUGGUGAUGGAGGCCGUGGUGACGGGGUUGGGCGCAGGCACGCUCGUAACCAUGAGCGGCUGCUUCGUUGAGGUGAAGGCGGCGGGCGGCGGUGGCGGAGCCGCUCCAAGCGCUGGAGCCGCCGCUGUAGCAGCCGCCGUAGCAGCUGCUGAAGUUGCCGCCGGAGCUGGCUCUGCUGCAGCUGUCGCCGGAGCCGCCGCAGCCGCAGGCGGCGCCGCGGCGUCCCCAGCGCUGGCUUCCAGUCCGGACGGCUUGCUCCACAGCUGUGUGGGCGUGCUGGUGGAUCACGGGGCUGGCGCCGUCCUGGAGGGCUGCGCCGUCGUGGGGCCACACCCCCGGGACGUGCAGCUGCAGGGAGGGGCGCUGUGCAGGAGACCAUGGGUGUGGCGGCGCGGGGCGCCGGCAGCCGCGUCUACUCCCGCCGCGUGAACGUGCGCGACUGCGCCCACGGCUUCCAGGCGUGCUCGUCGUCAGCCUGCGUUGCUAUGGACUGCAUGGCAGAGGAUUGCGUGAACGGGCUAUGCGUCGCAACUGGCGGGCGUAUGUGGUGUGGCAGCCGGUCGUCAUGCGAGAGCUACGCCGCCGCCGUGCCAGACUCGCCAGUUGCCGCCGCGCUCGCUGCCUUCGCAGCUUGUGGCGGCAGCCGCCACAGCAGCCACAGCAUUCGCAACAAUAGCGGCUGCCGUGUCGUCGGCGCGCUUGCGAACGGGUUUACCGCUGGCGGUCCGGGCUCGCUGCUUGAGGUGCUGGGUGGCUGUGGCUCGAAGUGCACCGCCGGCCCCGGCUGUAUGGUCAAGGAUGGGGCGGAGAUGCGCGUCAGCGGCUUUAGGUCGGACAUGGACGACCACGGCUUCCUGGCGACCGACGCCGGGACGCUGCUGGAGCUAGGAGGCGGCUGCUUGGUCCAGAAGGCUGUGCACCGCGGUGUGGACGUGCAGGACCAGGCACGUAUCGUCAUCAAGCAAGGGCAAGGCGCUGGGCAACAUUGGGGACCGGGGCGGCAGGAGAAGAAUUGGGACGUGAAGGUGGACGGCUGUGGGGAUAUGGGCUUCCUCGCAAACGGAGGGACUCUGGAGCUGGGGGCGGGGACCCGGGUGAUGGCCCAGGGCUGCGGUGAUGACGGCUUCACGUCGAGCUCGGGAGGGCUGCUGGAUGCGACGGCGGCAGAGGAGUGCUUUGCGAGGGCCUGCGGCGGGUACGGCUUCUGCGCAGAGGAUGUGGGCUCCAGGAUGUUGCUGGGGAAGCACGUGUGUCGUGCAGAGGGCCAGAGGGAGCGGGCCAUGGUCCAGAAGAAUGGGGGCGUUGUGAAGGGCAUGCUGGAGGUGUCAGGCGUCCGAGCGUAGGCAGUGUAGGCGGGAGGACCAGACAUUGACGUGUGUUGCGGAACUAAUGCGUACGUAGACUAGGGGAGGACCUCCCUUGGACCAGAUGGCGCUGCAAGGGUGUGACGUAUGGAGCCAAGGGGCAAGAAAUGCAUAAUAAGUUUUGCGUUUCUUAAUGUAAGGGGUCAGGUCC